AUGUCUCGUCCUAUCGUUUUGGUGACAGGUGCCAAUGCUGGCGUAGGCUUGGGUGUAUGUGAGCGCUUGCUUGUGCAGCUCUCCAAUCCCACGCCGCCUGAUAGUGCUGCCCUGGAUAGCGGCGAUCAUGAGGUCGCAGGCACACCGUUUCAUGCGGCAGAAGGCUGUACGCUGCUUCUCGCGUGCCGAAACCAGGCGAAGGCCGCAGAGGCUGUAACUCAUCUUAAACAGAUCUUAGCGCGUCUCGCUACUGCAGAUGACCUGGCUGUGCAGAAGAAUACCUCACCAUCGCGAUGGGCUGAGGCAUCGAGCAGCGCUGUGGCCAGCGCCUCGUCGCUGCGUAAGCGCGAGUUCACCCAGGAUGACUCUGCACCACUUGAUACACGCACGCGUGAAGCACGGAUCCACUACCGCCAAUCGUUCUGCCGCGGCACGAUCAUCGAGGUUAUUCCGUUGGAUCUCGCGAGUUUGGAGAAUACAAAGGCUUGUGCGAAGCUGAUUACCGAUAAAGUGCCGUACCUUACGCAUAUCAUUUUGAACGCAGGUGGCGCUGCCUGGAUCGGUGUCAACUGGCUGUGGGCGACAUGGGAGAUUCUUACAAGUCUGCACAAAGCUGUAACGUUCCCGUCGUACAAGUUGCAACGCGCUGGUGACAAGAGCGAUGAUGGGUAUGGAUGGGUCUGGCAAACGAAUGUCGGUUCUCAUUACGUGCUUGUUCAAGCACUUGAACCGCUUCUUCGACGCUCCCCAUACGCCGUGCCCUCGCGUGUCAUUUGGACAGGCUCGCUCGAGGCGAAUAGAAACGACUUCCAUUUGGACGAUUUCCAGUGCCUCGACCCACGCAUUUCACCACAUCCUUAUGAAUCCACGAAGUACCAGUGUGAACUGGCUGCACUUGCUAUGGAUGAGCGCUACGUGAAUACGCAUGAUGCGCAUGCCCCACGCGUGUACACCGCGCAUCCGGGUAUCGUGGCCAGCAGCAUCUUCAGUACCGUCAUCCCAAGCAUCAUGCUUCUCAUGAUGAAGUUGGUCUUUUACCUGGCACGUUGGACAUUCUCACCUCAUCAUCCGAUCGAUGCGUACAAAGGAGCUAUUGCCGCUACGUUCGUGGCCGUCGCCCCGCCAGAGGCGCUAGACUCUACUGCGCGCUAUGGGGCCCAGUGCACGUGGACUGGCACUCCAUACGUUCAUGCUGGUCGCCUGAAUGGGUGGCAUGAAUCGUCCGAUGGAUCGCCCGACCCCGCGAUUCAGGGCUUGGCACGCGAGUUGCUGACCGCGUACGACCGAAUUUUAUCGUAG